UUUCCGGGGGGAGCGGAUUUUUGACGGGACAGAGUCUGAGCUGUUUCUGUCAGUGGCGGAGCAGGUUCCCGGCAUGCAGUGCGGCGAGGCGUGCAGCUGUCACUACCAGAACUUUCUGACUAAUUUUCAAGAAUGAACUCAUUAGUGUCCUAUGAUGACUCGGAUUCGGAAACAGACGACGCUCCCCCCAUGCAUGUUGUGCAGCAUCGGCCACAAAGCGACACUACUGUGCACCCCACAGAUCUGGGUGCCUUGGCCUCCUCCUCCUCUUUUGGCAAAGACUGCAACCUGAAGGACCAGUACCCUGUGCCCAAUAUAAAUUACAGUUCUACAUACAAGGGACUGGGUAAUUCCGCAAUGAAGGAGGCCAUCCUGCCCGCUCAGAAAAGACUUCCGCCCGUCCCUGAAGGUGAAGUCAAGCCUUACAUCCCCAAAAGACUGAGACAGGAGCAAUCCAAUAUGGUUGCUGAGGUUGAAGCUGACAUGUCGGUAAGGUCACAUGAUCACAUGGACCACAUGACAAGGACUAUCUACCGAGUCUCUGAUUAUCUUGGGCCUCAUUUACCAUUAAAGUACAGCAGCAGUGGGAUUCCUAAAAAAGUGAUCUUUCAGAUGAAGGAGCAUGCCGGGCCGGUGAACCGGGUCCAGUGGUGUCCGGUGAAGCAGUACAGUCAUUUACUACUCUCUGCCUCCAUGGACGGAACAUGCAAGGUGUGGGAUGCAGUGGACUCUGGUAAACCUCUAUGCACGGUCUCAUGCCACCGAGGUGCCGUACGUGAUGCGCAGUGGUCACUCUGCGGCAGGAGGAUCCUCACAGGGGGCUUUGACUCCCUCCUGCAUUUAACAGAUGUAGAAACAGGGAAAGACCUGUUUACUGCAAAGAACGAAUGCAAGAUUAGCGCCGUCCGGUUUCACCCAUGUGAUCCGAAUAUGUUUAUAUGUGCUGGCUUUUCUCCUGCGAUAACGGCCCACGACAUACGGAUGGGUAAGGUGAUCCAUGUGUACAAAGCAGCUGUGCAACAACACUUCGACCUCCUCUUCCUCCCUGAUGGUAAAGAGUUUCUGAGCACCACGGAUUGUGUGAGUCGAGACUCCGCUGACCGCACCAUCAUUGCCUGGGAUUUUGCCACAACUGCCAAAGUCUCCAAUCAGAUAUUUCAUGAAAGAUACACCUGUCCAAGCCUCGCCCUGCACCCGAAGGAGAGCGUGUUUGCAGUGCAGACAAAUGGAAACUACAUCGCUUUAUUCUCUACUCAGCGGCCUUACAAAAUGAAUAAGAAGAGAAGGUACGAAGGACACAAGGUGGAAGGAUUUGCCGUGGGAUGCGAGUUCUCUCCGGAUGGAUCCUUUAUCGUAACGGGGAGUUCAGAAGGGAACGUCAUCUUCUACAACUACCAUACUUCCAAACUCAUCCGAACUCUCCCCAGCCAUGGGAGUGCCUGCGUAGGCGUCAGUUACCACCCGGUGCUACCAUCACUGCUGGCAACCUGUUAUUGGGACGGACACAUCCAAAUUUGGGAAUAAGCAGCCAUGGACAGAAAUUUUUAUUUAUUUUAUUUAUACAUUUUUUUUCCUUACUUUUCUAUAGCUUUAAUGUGUUCACAAACUUCCUCCUGUAGGCACCAGAAAUGUGUGUAGUGUUCAGAUUUUGGGUCUUUUUCCUCCCCUCAUCUGGUUUCUGUACAGCACAUCUUCUUUAUACAUAACUGCUGAGUGGGCAGGCUUUUCGUGGUGUGAUGUCAGACCUGUGCUCUGAGCCUGUAAGAUGUCUCCCAUGGUGCCGUGUUAUUGAGAUACUGCAGCUGUAGCCCCCUCCUCUCCCUCUUUUUCUACUUAAUGUUCUACAGUAAAUGCAUUUCAGUGACUGGGCGCCAAAAGGUGAGGAAGAUGCACUUAUCUCUAUAAUGUAUUUUAUCUAAUGUUGUAAUAAAGCUUUAUAGGUGUUUUCCCCUUGAAGUGUACUCAAGGUAGGUCCUCAGUAUCAGAUUGAUGGGGAUCUGACGCUCAGCUCUGAUAUUGAUGACCUAUCCUGAGUAUAAGUCAUCAAUAUAUAGAAGCCCAAAAAAAACUUAAGAUCACCUGCACACAGGUGAACAUACAUCAGAUACGCACUAAUUUCCAUGCGGAUUUAUAUGCGUUUCUGCAGCAUAUCCACACCAAAAUUAACAGCGUUUUUUGGUGCAGAUUUGAUGCCG